GCAAGCAGUAGGAUGGACAGCGCGGUACAUCAUUCUCCAGCCCCCGUUUGUUUGUCAACGUGCCUCGACAGCACGCUAUCUCCAGCCAUUCAAGUGCAACCUGCUGUCACACCACUCAACGGCCCACUCGUUCUCAUCCUGGACAACGUCUUGACGCCGCGCGAGUGUCUUCAACUCAUCGCCUUCUCUGAAGCAAGCGGGUACGAACGCGCGUUCCUCAACGUUGGGGGUGGUCGCCAGGAGUAUCGACCCGACGUCCGCAAUAACGAUCGCUGCAUUCUCGACGACGUCGAGACGGCCGAAAUUCUCUGGCGCCGCCUAAAUGAGUACCUGCCGUCGACCUUUGACGGCCGUACUCUGGUCGGGAUCAACGAGCGUCUCCGGUUUCUGCGCUACGACGUCGGCCACGAGUUCAAGCCCCACUACGACGGCACGUACGACCGCGGCAAUGGCGAGUACUCGGUGCUCACAAUUCAAGUGUACCUCAACGACGUUGCUUCUGGCGGCGGCACGGGUCUCUGGCUCGACGACAGCAGCGACGAACCCGUGCUUGUGGAGCCUCGGCCCGGUCGCGUCCUCAUCUUUGCGCACGAACCCGUGUGCCACUCGGGCGAGCCCGUCCUGCACGGCCGAAAGUACGCCAUUCGAUCCGACAUCAUGUCCCGACCUCGUUCGCACGUCGCAACUAUGUAAAUGUCAAUGUAGUCACGCGGUGACGAACCACAGUAAAGCGAUGCCCACCCGCAAGGGCUCCAAUACAUUUUGCUCCUGCAUACAUCCAUUCAGCUCAAGUCAGUAAAGUAUCAAGUCGAUAGUGUAUCGAUGUAUCAACAAAUCCGGUUGUGACACGCGCCAUGCGGUAUUUUUCUGCCUUUCUUUUAUGGG